AUGGCUAUUGCAAGUUUCCUCAUUUUUGUUUCUCUGGAUCAACAGCAACUUCUUUUUGAUAUUGUUGGCUCAGACAAGGAUAAAUUCUGUAUUAAGCAUAAACAACCAGAAAUGAUUGAUAUUUAA